AUGGAGCCUCCAGCCAAGCGACCGAGGACCGGCCCAUCACCCCUGGGUCAACAACAAAAUGACGAGGACGAUGAGCUCAACUACGAGCCGGAAGAGGUGUCUCAGAUGCGGGAUCCCGGCUACCAGCUUGAAAAGUCUCGGAAUUUCGCAGCCUUCAAACUGAAGUCAACAUUUGAGCACAUAUUCGCAAAAUACGAAAAGGACUUCACGGGCAUUGGUGACGAGAUUGACCUGAAAACUGGCAAGGUUGUCAUCAAUAAUGGUCACUUGGAGAACAUGCGACAUGAGAGGGAUAUGGGCGUUCCGGAUGAGGAAGAGGAGGAAGACGAGGGAAUGCUUCUGGAAGAGGCUUUUGGCUCUGAUGACGAAGAGGAAGAUGAUGAGGAGCAUGGAACCGAAACUGUAGGUCAGCCCGACGAAGAGGAGGAAGAGAGAAUUCUGCACGGGAAGAAGGGCGGAAGUACUUCUACAGCUCUUGUUCGCAGACCAAGUACCGAAAUUCAGCGAUGCCCGAGUCUAUCAAGUAUUGGAGGGUUAGGGUCAGAGCAGCGACUGUCAAGUCUCGUGGCGCCGCGCAGGCCGGGGUCGAGCAGCUCGGUUCUCCCCGGGAGUGUCUGGGGCGCAGAUCCAGAGCCCGCCGACCCGACAUGGAAGGUUCCCGAGAUUCGCAAACCAAAAGUUGGCGAUAGUCUGAUGGCGAACAUGCACGGCUCGAGAUAUCGCUUCCCUAUCAGUUACCAGUCUAUCUGGUCCUCAAGGCCAGACACGGAGGAGGAGAAGAUGACCGCUGAUCCCGCCCGAAUCGACAUGAAGAUGCUGUCACGCGCGCGGCAAGAGUCCAUGAGAGUGGGAAGGCCUACGUCGAUGAAACUUUUACAAGCGUUCACUGCCCAGGAUGACGACAACGACGACGACAUUCUCGGUGUUUCAAUUGCGGAGCGGGCACCAAGGGCCGAGAAGAAGAAAGAACCAACAUCGACUGGAGAUCGGGAACCAAGUGUUGAAACAUCAGACAAAAACGCUGAGGAAGACCAGCCUGUGGUAUUUGUUGAAGAUUCAGCAACCCAGGAAGCACCGACAAAGCCGUUCCCCUCUCAAAAAGAAGCUACAAGCAAAUUGAAGCAACAAAAACCAUCGAAGGGACAGCAAGGAAAGGAGAAACUGCAAGCCAUUCAGGCCAAAGUACAGCCAGCAGAAAACCACGUCGAACCAGGCAAAGUACAGUCUGCAGAGCUGGCUGAUGCAGCUGAGAUCUCGUCAGAGACACCUAACUUCGUUACGAGCGACGAGGGUCAGAGAUUACCAAAGCAGAAGCUUGUCAUCGAAUUGCUAUCAAAGACCCCUCCGCCGGGAGAAGUUACAGAGGUGCUAGAGCCUGAGGAUGCCGAUACCUACGGGUUGAAUGAAGCCUUCGAGCUUCCGACACAAUCGGAUACAGCAGGCCCUGGAGAAAUCCCCGGAGCUUCUGAGCUGCAGAUUGAUCCGGACACAAUUAUGCCUGAGACAGACAGCAGUUCCGCAGCGAAGCCCUCCGAAACCACCGAGAACCAACCCAGCAAAGCCCCUGAACCACCAAAAGAGAAAUUCGUCAGACACCAAAUCGACCCCUCCUACGACUUCUCGGACGACGAGGAGGGCAUUCCUACUACGCGAGUCGCAGCGAGGACCCAGAAACCUGCUCCAGCCUCCCCUAUCGGAAAUACGAAUGCCCCAGUCCCAAAUGAUAUCGAAUAUGUGGCUUCUACGUCUAAGGUGCCAUUAAAUGAUGCAGAGACAACGACAGCCAAUGAGGAGGAGGAGGAAGAUGGUGAAGACCAGAUCCAGAGUUCACCGGCGACUCCCCUUGCAGACAAGCUGGACGGGAUGAAUCUUGACGCUCCGCAGCCGGAAACGCCGAAAGAGCCAGCCGAGACCCCGGAAGAGCUCCUUAACGCGGGAGGGCACAGUUCUCCGAGAGAAAGCACCGAAGAUCCGACCACAAUGGAGCAGCGGCCCGUCGCAGAACUCGAUGAGGAAGAUACAGUCCUACCAGACGUUGAGACAGAGGAACCAGAGGUGGCAGACAGGGCCGAAGCAUCGUCCAGCACUGUCAACGCACCCAUCGCCAUCCCCGAAGACGCACAUCUCCCAGACAGUCAAGACAACCAAGAAGAAGGCUUCUCCGUCCCUCUCUUGGACGACAUCGGCGCAGAAAGCGCAACGGAGCCCGAGGCUGAACCUGAGCCAGAGUCAGUGGAUAUCGAACUGCCAGCUCUCCCCUUCCCAACCCAUAACCCAGCAUCAAACCCGCCCCGUUCAAAACCUGGCCGUCCCAGAAAGUCCAACGCAGUCCCAGAAAACGGCGCGACGUCCCCGAUGCGAACCCUCAACCUCAACUCAAGCAGCCCCCUCAAACGCCGCGCCUCAAACGCCCUCAAACCACGCAAAUCAGUCAAAUUCAACAAGAAGCCAUCCUCCCCUGCGGCCUCCACCACUCACCACCACGAACAGCCCUCCCUUCCCGCCGCCCCUUCUUCCUCCACCAUCAAAGCCUCCCCGCGCACGCCUUCCGCCCGCCGCUCCUUCAUCUCCCUCCUCUCAGACGACGAAGACGAACUCACUCUCGACCUCUUCAAGUCCUGGACAAACACCAGUGGCGGCUCCGCCCCGGGCUCCAGUGGCCGCAAAAAGACGUCCUACGCGCCCGUGCUACUCGCCGGCCCGCAGACCAAGAUCACGACGCCCAUGAAGCAGCGCAGCCACAACGUCGGAAGUGGCGGGGGGACGGACAGGGGCAAGAAGCGCAAGGCGGCGUGGGCCUUUGCUGUGACGCCGACAAAGGUGCAAUUCGGCAGUCCAUCCGGCUCGCUUGUCAAGACGCCCGGUGGACAUAUGAGGCGGUGCGGAGAGGAUGGAUUCAAAUGCGAUAGAGAUUUUUGCUUUACGUGUCUGUAG